AAAAAAGGAAAAAAAAAGGAAUCGCUUUUAUUUCCACCACCUCGCCAUUUUCAAGCGAAUCGCAGGGCUUCGUUCUCUUCGUCGCUUGCGAUCCCACGCUCGUCUCGCUUAAUCCCCUGGAUCAUAUCCAAUUUCCAGGGAAAUGGUCUAUCACUCUAGCUUUGUUGAAGAAGAUGGUAUCACCAAAGCUUGUGGCUGCCCUUUGCUUCCAUUAAAAAGCCACAUUAAGGGUCCCGCUCCAGCUUCAAAUCCAGGCAAAAUCGACAUUGUUGACGAGGCAAUAACGUUCUUUAGGGCGAACGUCUUCUUCAGAAACUUCGAUAUUAAGAGCCCAGCAGACAAAUUACUCAUUUACUUGACAUUUUACAUUAAUGUGGCACUGAAAAGGCUGGAGGGUUGCAGAACACUAGCUGUUGGGACAAAGGCAAUUAUCAAUUUGGGGCUAGAGAAGGUCCCUGUGCCCGGCGACCUGGGGUUUCCUUUUCCAGGCCUUUUUGCCCUUCCUCAAUCUCAGGAUGAAGCAGAGUUAUUCAGGAAUUAUCUGAAGCAGAUAAGGGAGGAAACAAGCGGAAGAUUGCUAAGCUGCGCAUAUAGGCCUAACGGCACUCCAAAUAAGUGGUGGUUGGCUUUUGCAAAGAGGAAGUUCAUGAACAUUAUCAUUCCCUAGGGUUGGAGCUCUUCAGGAUACAGAUUUUUCCUUUUCUUUUUUUUUUCUUUUAACUUUUUCAGUCAUUGUGAAAGCUGUAAUGAUCAGUUAAGCUAGAAACGUGGGAUUGUUAUACCUGUAAAAUUGGUGUAUACUGAGAAAACUGGAAAUUUCGUCUCUUAUAGCGAUUUGAGUUGGUCUUUA